AUGAGUGCGUCUAUGAAUUACCAGACCCUCAAGAUGGCUGGUAGUACGUCCUCAGUCCAGCAGGACGACCGAGACCAUAUCAACGCCCCUGAGCCACUCGGUGCAAGCAAUGACGACCUCUUGACGCCCACUCCCCAACAUGUGCCGAGCACAUCUCCGCAGAGCUUCACACCCCGCUCACUUGUAGUCGGACUGAUAAUCGGCGCCCUCAUUACCUUCUCAAACACCUACUUUGGUCUACAAACGGGAUGGAUCAGUACCAUGGCAAUGCCGUCAGCCUUGAUUGGCUUUUCAGUCUUCAAGGUCUUGACCAAAUACCUCUCAUUCCCGUUUACUCCAAUCGAAAACGUUCUCAUCCAGACGGUGGCGGGCGCAGUUGGGACAAUGCCGCUGGGCUGUGGAUUCGUUGGAGUGAUUCCUGCAUUGGAGUUCUUGCUCAAAGACGGCGAAGACGGACCGAAGGGUGAUGGUGGAGAAGGCGAGGGUGGCCCACUGAAGCUGGGCUUCUGGAAAUUGACGGUUUGGAGUCUCGGUGUUUGUCUGUUCGGAGUGGUCUUUGCGGUGCCGCUGCGGAAAGAAGUCAUCGUGCGCGAAAAGCUACGAUUUCCUAGUGGGACCGCUUCGGCCUUGAUGUUGCGGGUGCUUCAUGGUGCGGCCAAAGAUGAGAAGAAGCCUUUGGCUGAUCAAGGCCAGAUUGGCCGGGCAGACGAAAUAGUUGGCGAUCUACGCCCCUUUGGGAAUGAUGAACAUCAAGGCCUCUUGGCCAAAGACGUGGACCCUGAAGACCAGUCAAUGGACAGAAAAGAUUGGCGUUCAAAAAUGCGACUUUUGAUCGGAGCAUUUGUUCUUUCCGGCAUAUAUACUCUUUUCUCGUACUUUGUCCCUCUCGUGAGAGACAUUCCCUUAUUCGGCCUGGGAUUGGCGCAGAAUUGGCUCUGGACCCUCAAUCCAUCGCCGGCAUAUAUUGGGCAAGGCAUCAUCAUGGGUCCUUCAACAUGUAUGCAUAUGCUCUUCGGUGCUGUGCUUGGCUGGGGCAUCUUGUCUCCCCUGGCUCGAUCGCGUGGAUGGGCCCCAGGACCAGUGGACAGUUGGGAUAAUGGAAGCAAAGCAUGGAUCGUGUGGAUCUCUCUGGCAAUCAUGCUUGCAGAUUCACUCAUCAGUCUUGGAUGGUUGGUCCUCAAGCCAAUUAUCAACAACUCCCCCCAGUGGAUCUCGUGGUUCCGAUCCACACCUACUGGCAGGUGGCUUGCAUUACGGCUUAGGUUGUCUGGACCUCAAGAUCGUUCUUAUAUCAACUACUCGGCCUUGCGCUCAGGCAAUCGCGAGGACAAUCUCGACGAGGACACGACUUCCUCUUUUGCCCACGCCACACUCCCACCGCAGCAAGACAAGGAAGAUGAAGACGCUCCGCCCUCCGAACUAAUUUCCAAUCGGACGGUGGCAAUUCUUCUUCCGCUGACGCUGGUCUUGAACGUUGUAUGCAUGCACUACGUGUUCGGCGAUAUCAUCUCGCCCUGGCUAUCGAGCCUUGCCACUGUGCUCGCAGUCGUCCUUUCCAUCAUGGGUGUCAGAGCGCUCGGCGAGACCGAUCUGAACCCGGUCUCUGGCAUUAGCAAACUCACCCAACUCCUCUUCUCACUGGCAACUCCAGCCUCACGCUUCUCGCGCCGAACAGCUCUCGUCACUAACCUGCUUGCUGGAGCUGUGUCGGAAUCCGGCGCCCUCCAGGCCGGUGACAUGAUGCAAGAUCUCAAGACAGGCCACUUGCUCGGGGCAAGUCCCAAAGCUCAAUUCUACGGACAAAUGAUCGGCAGUCUCGUGGGUGCCGUCCUCUCAACCGCCGUCUACAAAAUGUACGUCAACGUCUACGAAAUCCCCGGAGACAUGUUCCAAACACCCACCGCCUACGUCUGGAUCUUUACCGCCCGUCUCGUCACCGGCGAAGGUCUCCCCGACAUGGCAUGGCAAGCCUCCGUCAUCGCCGGCGCCGUCUGGGCUCUUCUCACCGCCAUCCGCAUCAUGGCCGCCGCGCCCCGAUUCCUAUCCAACGGCCAACCGCCCGCCUGGAGAAACAUGAUCCCUGGCGGUAUUGCCGUCGCCGUAGGCAUGUUCAACGUCCCUUCUUUCACCCUCGCCCGAGCCAUUGGCGGCGUGAUCGCGUGGUGGUGGGCCCGCAAACAUGCGCAACCUAUCCGCCGACCCGAUCGCUUCGAUCUAGCAGACGGUAUCAAUUCGUCCUUUGCAGAUGCACCCUCAUCCUUGCAAGCCGGUCAGGGCGACGUUCCUUCUGCGGAAGAUGCGGCGGAAAAAGCCGACGCGGCUUCUUCGACGGUGGUUGUCCUGGCAUCGGGGCUGAUUCUCGGUGAAGGAAUCAUGAGCAUUGUGAACCUGCUGUUGGCAAGUGGUCGGGUUCCGCAUUUGUGA